AUCUAUAUUCGUUCCACGAACUUCCAAUUAUGGUUGGUUAUCAAAAACGGAGAAGAGGUGCCGAUGAAGAAAGUCGAGGACAAAUUGAUCCCCAAGACCGAAGAUGAAUUUGAUGUGGAGGACAUCAAAAAGGUCGAGAAUUAUGCAAAGGCAAUAAACAUGCUUUAUUGUGCCGUAAAUCCUGAUGACUACCGCAAAAUCUCUUGCUGCUCAACUGCCAAGGAGAUGUGGGUUAAACUUGAGGAGCACGAAAACAUCGAUGACAUGUUCGACCGAUUCUCCAAGAUAGUCAAUGAUCUUCAUGCUUUGAAGAAGACCUACACCGACAGGGAUCUUGUGCGAAAGAUCCUACGGAGCUUGACAUCCGAAUGGCGAUCUAAGGCCGAUGCCAUCUAUGAGUCAAUCGGCACAUCAAAUGUCACCAUCGACGGUUUAAGAGGUAACUUAAAAAUGUAUGAAUCUACUAUACUUAACCCGUCUUUCAAUGACCAGAGAAAAGGCAUAGCAUUAAAAGCCUCCAAAGAACCGACAAUGAAUGACUCAAGCGAUGAUGAUGAAGUCAAGCUUGUCAUGAAGAAGUUUUGCAAACUUCUAAGAAAUAAAGAAAAGGUUGAGGAGGGCCCUGUGUGCUAUGGAUGUGGUGAAGCCGGGCACAUCAAGAACAAAUGCCCGAAAAACGGAAGGAACACUCGCCACUUCAAAAAGCACAGAGCAUACAUCUCUUGGGGUGGCGACUCCAGCGACGAGUCAACUGACCAAGACGAGGAUGAAACUGCCAACCUCUGUCUCAUGGCACACGAAGACCAAACCGACAAUGAACAAGAGCUAUGUACCAUUUCUUCCAACUCUUACACUUUUGAAGAAAUGCAAGAAGCGCUUCAUAAACUUUAUGAUGAAUUUGACAAGAGCAGGGCUGCCACCUCCGGGAAAUCAAAGUCCAAAUACCGGGCGCCUACAACACCCUCCGAGGAACGCCUCUACAACGGCGAUGGGUCGUACCUCUGGUUCAAUUCCGAGGAGGAGCGCACCCGCUUUCUCACCUUCUUCUUUAAACGGGUUGUGGCUCCCCCACGGAUCGUCCCAGAGCGCUUCCCGGAGUUGCAGGGCUACGACGAUCUAGACGCGCAGCUUCAUCAAGUCGGCCUUUGGCCAUUCGUCUCCCGGGCUCGGAAGGAGAUCAAUCCAGCGCUGAUUCGGGUCUUCUACUCCAACCUCCGGCGUGAGGGCGACGUGCUCUACUCUCUUGUCAAGAGCACGCCGAUAGAGCUUUCCAUUGAGCAGCUUGGGCGCAUCGCCAGCCUCCCCUACCAAGGCAACGACGUCUCCCACUAUGGCGGAGAGGACUGGGUGCUCAACAACGAGGGCCUUAUCCUCAACGAGCUAGGCAUCACCGAGCUCAUCCGCCAUGCCUCGGGCCGCCCCACCAUCCACUCCACAAACCCCGAGAGCCGGCUUCUUCUCUACAUCGUGUCCCGAAUCAUCAAGCCCCGAAAGCAUGGGCACACGAUCAUGUCCGGUGAGGACCUCAAGCUCCUUCAUGCGAUCAUGCACUCAGCGCCAAUCAAUUGGGCGAAGUUUGUGAUGAUCAACAUGACAGUCGCCGCGUCCACCGAUCACCUCCUCCCGUACCCGUUCGUGGUGAUGGACAUCCUUGAACGGUUCAAGGUGACCACCACCGUUGGCCCACUCACGAAGGCCACGAAGAUUUGGGCGAUCAGCACCCAAACCUUCAAGAAGCGGUCGAACAACGCCGGACCUGCCACUGCCACUGCCGCGCCACGGCGCCGUUCUACUACUGGUCCAGCCGAACCCCAGGCCCGGGCCAACCUUGCCUCCAUCGCCGACUCCCUCAACCGGCUUCACUUCAAAGUUGACGGGAUGGAUGGCUACCUUGAGCGGCUCGACGAGGCUGUUCAACGCCAAGGGCACGCCAUGAACGCACACUUCCAACGCGUCAACUACGUCCCCCCACCGUACCAAGGCACAUUCCUUGGGCAAGUGUACGGUGACGAGGACGAAGAGGAUGGCUCUUACGCCCCGUCAAACUCCCCGGACGAGGACGAGUUCGAUGAUGCUGUUGACGGUGAUGAGAUGGACGACGACGACGAGGAGGAGGAAACCGAAGACGAAGACUAGGCCACAUCUAGAAUUUGUAUCUCUUCUUUCUUCAAAUGUCUUGCUUUUUAUUACUAUUACUUCCGUUGUACUCCGCCUUUUCCCUUUAAUAAAUAAAAUUAUCUUUUAUCUUUUUGUUAAUGUCAAAAGAAGGAAGAAAAGGGCUAUGCAUAU